AUGAAGCUUGCGAAGAUGCAGGAUGCGCUGAACGACUUUACGCCUGUAGUGUGCUGCUAUUUAAGCCAGGCGAAUGACUCUCUUGCCUUUGCCCUUGCCGUCGAACUGGCUGGGGGCCAUGAUCUCGCUGUUGCUGAGGCCAAGAAGGGGCUCACGCUCGUCGUCCGAGUCAGAGGUGAGGUCGCCGGCCUCAAGGUCUCCGGGGUGGUGCGAUCGGGCUCGGAGGCUACUCUGAAUGCUGGCGUACUCCUCGUCGGUGUGAGCCGCGAGCUCUCCGUCAGGGCCAAGACUGGUCUCACCAUUAUCGAGCUUCAACUGGUCGAGAGAGCCGAUUUCGCUAUACUUAGCCGGGCCAGCUCUUCUGGGCUGGUCUGGGCUCGCUGA